AAGCAUAAUUUUUUUUAUUGUGGAAUAUCACUGUCCUGAAAUUUUUCUAAAAUAUACUCCUUCGUAUAAGUACAAGACAACAUAAUUUUAAGUUGUAAAAUAUUCAAAUUUUAAUACGCUGUAGUAAAAAAUAUUUUUCACGAUGACAAUGAAACAUGAAAAAAUUGAUUUCACGGUCCAUAUAUAUUCAAAUUUUCAUUAAAAUUAUAUACAAUGGAGGUGAAUUUCCUUGGGAAAAGAUUUGCAAAGGUUUGCAAAGACUUUUAUUGCUUACUUACCGAUCUCUCUGAGGUAUUGAAAAGCAAAGUUAUAGGUUAAAAGUACAGGUUUUAGGAAAUACCGAUAACUAAGAAUACAAUGCAAGCAACUGUUCGAGAUAAUAAUAUCUUAUUACCGAAAAAAAAAAAAAAAUCAUAUUUCGAUCUACCUUUCAACCGAGAAUCGAUGAUGUUGAAUUUUCCCCACAAGCUACUCAUCGAUCGUCGAUCGAUCGAAAAUUUUUCUUUUAAUUAACCGUUUUCGUGCACGAGACGAAUGAUGUAAUUAAAGAAAGAACAAUCAGGAAUCAAUAUUAUCGGGGGAAUAUCAGCUUCCCUUCCGGCAGCUCUACAGGCCUGCCGACUUGCAAUGAUUUACUCCGAUCGAUAAUCUGAUAUGCAAAUUAUAUUGGUAGAGAUCGGUUACCUGUUAACUUUAAGCGGCCUCCACACAGCGUGGAUACGCCAUUUCAAAAUAUCGGUUUAAUCCGUGAAUGAGUCAUACCAAGUACGAUUCGCACGAUGGAAAAUUGUUCUUUCGAACUUUCUCAAACCUUUUCGAAAAUGCGCGGACCGCUCGAGAGAUCGUUUCAAAUUUUCGCUUCUUACGAUUUUAAACGAAAUAUGAAUUAUGAAUGUUACAGGAGCGAAAGGUCGAUAUAAACGAAAUUUCAUAGCGAGAAUCUCUUUUAUGACCGAGCAGAGAAAGUCUCUCUCAAUAUUCUCUAAGAGAAUAUUAAAUAAAUUUUUUAUACGUUUUUAUAAAUUUCUUCUGUGACAACACCAACGAUAAUUAACGUAAUAUUGUCGAGGUUCUUUGCAUCGAUACGUAUUUAUUUUUUAGAAUUUCAUCCUUCGAAAAUUACUCCAAAUCCUCGCGAAAUAAAAAAAAGGAAAAUGUUGCAAAUAUAAUAGAAGCUUCAACGGUUUCGAUCUUGACGCGAUACCGAUUUAUCCCUGAUUAUCAUCUUCGAUCCAUUGCCCAUAAAUCAUUCCUCGCCAAGUUCCUCGAUCGAGCCGCGCAAAUCACCCCACGUGGCCUUGGAACGAAAGGAAAGACACAAGAAGCGCAUUGAACGAAGAGGAGGGCUCGCGCUCCGCCAUCCGACCGUUUGCCGAUCCGCGCCUCUUUGUAAUUGCGCCUUGCUCCUUCAUGCGAUAUCAUCGUCCAGCGAUUCAAUCCACCCACUCGCGAAACUCGGUGGUGUUGAUGACGCGAGGUCUCGCUCGAUCUGCCCGACCUCGGGACGAUCGUAUUUUAACGAUCGGGAGACCCGAGCUACGUGGGUAGCUGAUCUCCAUCAAAUCAAUAAUUAUCGAUACGUGGCAAUAAUUGUACAUCACUGAUUAAUACCUGGGCAUACCGUUCCGCCGCGGUAAUAACAUUCCGCUUACAAAUCGACCGUUCAUCGAAUGAAUUUUUAUCCGUUGCUUCUCAGUGAUUCUCAAAUCGUUUCAUCUCGCUUUCUUUCGAUCGAUCCAAUCACAACUGAUCGAGAUCAAAGUGCGAUUGAUCGAAGAAUAUUCGUUAUAUUAUUGUUAGAAAAAAGAAAAGGAAAUUGGGAAGAAUUGAAAUUUUUCUGUUCCCUCGCUUUCUUUCUUUCGAUCGAUCCACUGAUCAAGAUCAAAGUGCGAUUGAUCGAAGAUAUUCGUCGUUAUAUUAUUGUUAGAAAAAAGGAAAUUGGGAAAAAUUUUUCUAUUUGUGGUAUACAUAUAUGGUGGACUUUAGGGACACCGUGUAUAUUGGACGAUUUUAUACGAUCACGAUGGUGAAAUUCGGCCGCGUCAUUCUUGGAGAAUAUCCUCGUUAAUCAUUGCCGCGUUAGGGCUUGUUGAUAAAACACAUGAUCGGUGGAAGAGGGAAGAAGGGUUGAUUGCCGGGUCUUUUUUUCCCUCCACCCCUUCUUUUUUUCACCGGCCGAUCGUUCCAGCGCUGCUUGGCGCAAAUCUGUCAACACCGUAAUAGGAUGCGCCAUUUAAAAUAUCGUCAGAUAUAUGGGCAUAAUAUGCAGAUACGCGCGUAAAACGUGAACCUCGUUUAAUUCUUCCCUUCUUCUUUUUUUCCCUCUCUCUUCCAUUUAUUUUCCAUCAUUUCUUGUUUCCUUUAACCAUUUUUUUGGAAUUAAGAACGUAUAAUCGAACUUCAACACCGAUUCUCUUCGAACAAUCUUUACCCUUCUAUUACUUUUAAUCGAGAAAUAUCUUUGAAAGUGCAAAGUUUUCUUUACACUCUCAACUUACGAUUUUUAGGGGAUGAAGCCAAAUUUCAAUAUCGAUUUUAUACUCUUUAAAUCGAAUUUUGGAAAAAAUUCGUAAAAUAUAAGUUUACUCCCCGCUUGAUUACGAUGCAUCGAGCAACAGGAACUCUUCGAAUCUGUGGAUAAUAGAAUAGAAUAGAGAAAUGGCCGCGAAUCGCGUUCCACGAUAAGAAGAUCGGGCAUAAUGCCGUUCUGUAUGUAUGUUUUAUGUAUGAGAACAAGAUUACUCGGCCACCACCCACUUGCUCUAGGGUCCACUAUACUCACGACCUAUUUCUGCUCCAACUUGGCGAGAUACCGCACGUUGCCUCGAUAAAAGACAAUACUUGCGCCGAUUCGAUCCAAAUGAUUCAGAUUUAAGGGCGAAAAAAACGAGUCGAGGAAUUAGGAGAACAAAAAAUGCCUCGUCUUGCGGUUGAUAUCAAUUAAUGAAAGUCGAAUUCAAAAUGAAUGAUAUUUUGCAAAAUGUGUGGAUAUACUUCGAAGCGAGAUACGAAUAAAAAUGUAAUUGAAUAGAAAAAAAAUAAAUAAAUUAAUAUUUUUUACUCUUGAUGUUUGAGAAAAUUUAAGGGUGGAAAAUACAGGGUGGAACGAUAAUUCUAUAUUGAAUAUCAUUUUCAAAGAUAUCGAUAAUAUAAUAAAUCGUACGGUGUGGAAGAAGUUAAUAAUUUUUUUGCGUACAGAGAAAUCUAUUUUUUUAUCGCAGCGUAUUUUCAAGAUCGUUUUAAUAAAUAAGAGUUUAAAUAACAAAAAUCUUAUCUUAUGAUAGAUGUUACGAUUGCAACGUGCAUCGAUGCAACCGUUGAAAUCAUCGAAGCUAACUACUUCUUAUCGUUUCCGCAUAGAUUAACACGUGUAGUCCUGUUUCAUAUCUUGCAAUAUAUGUAUAUGCGCUCGAUUAUCGAAGCAUAUUAUUGAAUCAAACGUGAUUAUCGAGCGAUUCAUAUUUUCAGACGCGAUUGUUAGAAAAAAAAAAAGAAAAAAUUUAUUCCAUUUUCGAUAUAUUUUUUUUCGGAUUAAAUUUUUCAACCACUUUCGUGCAUUCUAUGCAACAUUAUAAUUAAUUAAUUGUUGCACUCAAUAUUUUAUUAAUAUUUGUAUUUGUAUUUAUAAAAUAUGUAUUUUUGCAAACACGUUUCCAAUAUUGCUUUAUAAUUUCCAAUAUAAAUUAGCACGUGAAAAUUUACAAUGUACAGGAUGAAAAGACUUCCGGAAGAAGAUAUUUAACCAAUCAGCUCAAAAUUCAUACAAAUGGCCAAUAGUUUGUUGGGUUUCCCUUUCCCUGAAAACGGAAUACCCAAUCGGAAGUCAUUUUUCGGGUUCGUCAGGUAUAAUGAGAUACCCCUACCACCGAAAAUAGGGGUAGUCAAGAUUAGACGGCUUUCUUAAAUUUUAUCAUUCGAGUGCUAGUUGUCGUAGAAGAAAGUGCAAAGUUAUUCGCGAUCAUGUUACUGUACAAAACUCGAAAAAUUUUUCUAUCUUCAUCGAUCAAAAUGAUGGAAGAGUAAGAAGUCAUGAAAGACAACAUUGGUGACAUCGAUCUUGAGCUCUUAGCAGCUUUUGACGAUGUCCCAAUGUUGUCACAAUUAGAGAACAUGAUCUUAGAUCCGAGUUAUUUUGACUUCGAUCUCUUUGAUUGUAUCUCUAAUGCGACACUUGGGACAGACAGUCAACAAGAUGCUAGCAGCUCUCAACAAACUUAUAUACGGCCACCAGAGACAGAAGAGAAAACAGAAGGGGAUAACACUCCAAAGAUCGAACAGACUCCAAAGGACGAACAUCAUUUCUUAGUACCGAAAAUAUUUAACUGCAUGUAUUGCAACAAACUGAUUUACGACAAGAAAAUAUGGCGCAAACAUCAUGUGAAGCAUGUGAGGCAAUUACUGCGGUGUCAAUGUUGUGGAAGGCGAUGCUACAACGUUAGUGAUCUUCGCAGGCACUACAAGUAUUACCAUUACUACGAUCCUCGUGAAAUCAUCAUGGAUCAUCGUUGAAAAUUAUUUCAUCACAACAGAUACCGAUUAACAAUUUUUAAUUUUUAAAAUUCUUGUUGAAAAAAAUAGUCCUACUGAGAGUCUGCAAUCACAAUGAUUAGUGAUAUUCGGUAAUAUAAAUUUUUUUUUUUUUUUU